AUGUCGAAUGACUUCAUAGAUGGUGCUUCGAAUGUAAAACGGCGGCGGCGCGAGUCGCCGUCGGAUUCCGAAUCGCACAAUUCCCCGCCGCAGCCGACAUCUGCGACACAGGCGAAUCCUCCACCGACGCAGCUAUCCGGCGCCACCUCGUUUCGAAGCGUGACAGCGUGUAAUAGGUGUAGACUAAGAAAGAAUCGGUGUGAUCAGAGAAUACCAGCAUGCACACAGUGUGAAAAGGUGGGAGUGAAGUGUGUGGGCUAUGAUCCAAUUACCAAGAGAGAGAUACCAAGGAGCUAUGUCAGCUACCUCGAAGAACGAGUGACAUACCUCGAAAAUAUUCUAUCAACAAACAGCCUUCCCUUUGAACCUCCCACCUCAUUUUUUCCUCUUAAUGGCCAGGUAGCAACGUCUCCAAGUGCAUCCGGUGUUCAUCCUUUAUCACCAUCGCUGUCAAGGAAUGGCAUCGAUAAUAUUAAUGAAGGCGCAUCCCCUGGUUUUGUUAAACCCCCUACGCCGGUGUCAACUCAGCAUACCCCCGGCAUAGUUACCAUCAACCCCGGCAAUCGUCCGAUCGAUGAAAAUACCGACCUGAUCAAAAAUGACCCUACGCUCUCCGCUAUAUCUUCAAUUCCAGUUCAAGGUACAUCGGAUCCCAGAUUUUUAGGCUCUACAUCUGGCAUUUCCUUCGCUCGUCUGGUCUUCGAAGCCGUCAAGUCUACCAAUGGUGGCGCUAGCAGCAUUGAUAUAGGUAAUGGUGGUGGGAGCGGUAGUGGGAAUGGGAGUGGAAGUGGGAGCUAUACGCCCGUCGGGCGCUGGAACCGCCGCUCAUUCGCCCAACCCGGAGUGUUUAGCAAAGAUACCGACAUGCGCGAUUCUUUCUUCGGCUUACAAGCCAAACCUGCAAUUCCAUCAGCUCCAUUCCCUAGCGAAGGCCUCGGCCGAAAGCUAGUAGAACUGUAUUUCGAGCACUCGAACCCGCAGAUACCGAUUCUACAUCGGGUCGAAUUUAUGAAGUUCUUCGAAGCAGCGUACGAUAUUCGCCCUGGAGAGGCAAGGAGCCCACAAACGUUGUAUCUACUAAAUAUCGUGUUCGCUAUUGGAGCCGGAAUAUUUGUGGACAGAACUCCAGCACCAAGUCCCGGUAUUGGAGCAGAUAUGAAGAGUAUUUAUGAAGGGAAACAACAGCCAGAGGCGUACCAUGCUGCUGCAGUGGUACAUCUUGAGGAAUUUUUGCGGGCUAGCUCUGGUGGGUUGGAAGAGCUGCAAGCUGUAUUAUUACUUGCGGCAUACGCGAUUUUGAGGCCGGUUAGCCCUGGUGUCUGGUAUAUAAUUGGGGUUGCGAUGAGGCUAGCAGUUGAUUUGGGCUUGUUUACAGAAGAAGUAGUGCCGAAGGGCGUUGGUGACGAUGGAAUGAGAGGGUGGAGGAGAGAUCUAAGGAGGAGAUUGUUCUGGUGUACAUACAGCUUGGAUAGGCUUGUUAGUACAUGUGUCGGGCGGCCGGUGCAGAUUGCCGACGAAGUUAUUGGUAUUGAGUUUCCGAGCUUCCUACCUGACGAGUUCAUCACACCAAUGGGCAUCAAGCAGCCAUCGACCCCGCCAGCAGCGACAUACAAAAGUAUAUCAUAUGCCUAUUUCCAGCUCCGCCUUUUACAGUCAGAAAUACUGCAGGUCCACCACUACCAGCAGACACACAAUCAUCCUAAUAGUCUUCCUCAACAUGUCCACCCGACUGGUCUCAAUCUCGUUACACCAUUCCUAAAGCCCCACCAGAGCCUCUUAGAGUGGAGGAAUAGUGUUGACGGCCGACUAAGGGAAUGGUUUGAAGGAUGCCCGAAAACUAAAGAAGCCACUGGAUGCGCGUUUAGUCUCGAGUUUUUGGAGCUGAACUACUGGUUAACACUCAUGAUGUUGUAUCGACCGAGUUUGUCAGUUCCUGAUUUAUUAGCUGAGAAGUUUGGAACCAACGUUGACCCAAACGGAAAGGUUAAGGUUGAUGGGUUGGAGAACCGACAAAGGGAUAAAGUGAGAGAUAAAGAGGAGGAGGAGAGGGUAUACGGCGUUGUUGCAGAAGCAGGAAUGAAAGUCCUACGGCUAUACCGACAACUUCAUCGGAUGCGACAAGUGAAUCAUACAUUCUUAGCGGUGCAUCACUUGUUCAUGGCCGGCAUAUCAUUCCUCUACGCUAUAUGGCAUUCACCGACAGUUCGGGCUAAACUCUCGAUGGACGAUGUCGAUUUCACUAUCCUAGCCGCAACCUCCGUUCUCGGCGACCUUUCCGACCGCUGCCCACCUGCGGAAGCUUGUCGCGUUUCAUUCGAGCGGAUGUCCCGCGCGACAGUAACAAUGUGUCUCUCUGGUGCAGAACCCCAAAACCUAAAUCUCAAUAAAGACGCACCGAGCCCGCCGCCAGACGAGAUCAAACCAUACACAUCGAAACCCGAGGAUGAAAGACGUCCAGUUUCAAAAAGGAAGCGACAACAUAAUUUUGAUCAUCAGUUUAGGGAACUAUUCGCGGGCAAUGAGGACGUAUUGAGCCAAGGUACCGGUGCCGGAAAGAUACCACGAGGUACUAAGGUUGGGAAGUCGCAAAGACUGGUAGAUCGUGGGUUUCACGCUGUUAUCAAGGAGAAGCCAAUAGAUGACCCAAACAAUGAAGGCGAGGAAGAAGUCGAAGACGAGGAAUCGAGGAGAGCGGCUGCCGCGGAAGGAAUGCUUGCCGCUAGUGGCGGCGUGUUUUCACCGGGAGCACAAGCAUACAGUAUUGCGGAGGGAAUGACACCAGGUGACGACGAAAGCCUGAUAUCUAGUACAAACUCGUAUCUUGCGGCUACAGGUGCAGGGUUGCCGACGUCUGCAUCCCAAGCCGGGGAUUCUUUAAUGAGUGGGGUUGAUGUUGACAAUGAUGAUUGGACUGCUGGUUAUAAUGGGCUCAGUGAGUUCGGGAUGGAGGCCGCUGCGAAUAAUGCUGCAACGGCAGCUGCUAAUGCCGCGAGCGGGUUUGGAGGACUGGAUGGAGGAAGUGGAUGGGGUGGGCCGUUUGAUUUGAAUAUGAACUAUGGUGGGUGGGGGGUUGGAGGAUUAGAUGGAAGUUGGACGAACGACAAUAGACAGAUGGAGCUUUUUGAUAGCUUCUUCUUUGGAGGGCCGGGACUAUGA